AUGGCGGCGACCAGCGUCGGCUGCGGGCUGUGGCGGCGGCUUACGGCCGGCAUGGGCCAGGCCGUGCGGGCUGCCAGCGGUGCCGCCGGCGGUGCCGGGCGAGCGGCGGCAGCGGCGGAGGAGGAGGAGGCUCAGGCUCCGCGUGCGGAGAAGCUGGCGGAGCAGCUGCGAGCGCGAAAAAGGGAGGAGGAGAAGCGAGAGGUGAGCGGGCAGCGACGUCAGCACCUUGAGAGGCUGCAGCAGGGCCAGAGAAGGGUGCCCAGGGACCCAGCGCAGAGACGGGUGUGGGAGCUGGCCAGGCUGAGCAGGCAGCUGCAGCAGGUCCACCCCAACGUGCUGGCCAAGAUCCUCAAGGAGGGAACCUUGUUCCAGAACGAGGAGGUUGUGGUGAUCAACAAACCCUACGGCCUGCCCGUGCACGGAGGCCCUGGGAUCAAGAACUGCAUCACUGACGUGCUGCCAAUCUUGGCCAAGAUGCUGGAGAACAUGAAAGCUGAACCCCUGCACCUCUGCCACCGGCUGGACAAAGAGACCACAGGUGUGAUGGUGUUGGCACGGAGCAAGGAGGUGGCAGACAGGGUCAGGCUCCUCUUCAAGACACGGCAGGUGGAGAAGACCUACUGGGCAAUCACCCUGGGGGAGCCUGACCCUGCCGAGGGCAUCGUGGAGAUCCCCAUCGUGGAGAAGGCAGUGCAGAGCCACCAGUCCCACUACAAGAUGACUCUGGCGCCCAGCUACCGCCUGUGCGCGGCGGGCGGGCAGCCGGUGCGGACGCGCCGGCAGCGCGGUGCCGAGAGCGCGGUCACACGGUACCGGCGCCUGGCCAGCGCCGCCGCCUGCUCGCUGCUGGAGCUGCAGCCCGUCACAGGGGUGAAGCACCAGAUCCGAGUCCACCUGGCCUAUGGCUUGGGCUGCCCCAUCCUGGGGGAUCACAAAUACUCCCACUGGAGCAAGCUGGCACCGCAGAAGCUCCCUGAGGUCACCUUGAGGAGGCUGAAGCUGCGGCAGAGCAAGGCUCGGCACCUGCCCCUGCACCUCCACGCCCAGCGCCUCUGCCUGCCGCUGGGCCGGCGCCUCGAGCUGGUCUGCAAGCCCCCCCCCUUCUUCCUGAGGACGCUGGAGAAGCUGCAGCUGGACAUCAGCAAGGACUGAGGAG